AUGAUCGGGGCCUUCUCGUUCCCGGUGAGCCCCGAGCGGGGCCGGCUGCGGGGCUGGCUGGAGGGCAGCCUGGCCGGGCUCUGCGAGUUGCAUUGGCUUCGGGAGAGGCAGGAGUAUCGCGUGCAGCAGGCUCUGCGGUUGGCCCAGCCCGGGAUGGGGGGCGCCGAGGACGAGGACGAGGAGGACGCCGAGGAGGAUGAAGAUGCGGCGGCGGCGCGCCGGGCCGCUGCGGCCCUGGAGGAGCAGCUGGAGGCACUGCCUGGACUCAUCUGGGACCUGGGUCAGCAGCUGGGAGACCUAAGCCUGGAAUCUGGCGGCCUGGAGCAAGAGAGCGGUCGCAGCUCGGGUUUUUAUGAAGACCCCAGUUCCACAGGAGCUCCAGACUCACCACCUUCAACCUUUUGUGGGGACAGUGGCUUUUCUGGCUCUGGCUCCUAUGGACGCCUGGGUCCCUCUGAACCCCGAGGCAUCUAUGCCAGUGAGCGACCCAAGUCCCUAGGAGACGCCAGUCCCAGUGCUCACGAGGCUGUGGGCACUCGGGCCGCAGUGCCGCGCUCCUUCUCUGCGCCCUACCCAACGGCUGCGGGCUCUGCGGGCGCGGAAGCCUGCUCGUCGGCGGAGCGGCGGCCGCGCGCGGGGCCUUUCCUGACGCCCAGCCCCCUGCAUGCCGUAGCACUGCGCAGCCCGCGCCCUUGUCCCCGGCCUCCGGCCGACUCGUCCGAUCCGGCGGCAGGCGCGCGCCGGCCCCUGGACGGCUACAUCUCGGCGCUCUUGCGCAGGCGCCGCCGCCGGGGGGCAGGUCAGCCCCGGACAAGCCCUGGGGGCGCGGAAGGUGGCCCGCGGCGCCAGAAUAGCGUGCGCCAGCGGCCACCUGACGCGUCCUCGCCCCCCGGGGGCGUGCGGCCCGCGCCUGAGCCGGCCGUGGAGCGUGCCGGGGGCCGGACCACCAGCCCGGCCGCCCUGAGACGCGCCUGGGGCUCGCAGUGGGAGUCGGAGGCGGCGGCCGAGCCCGCGGCGCUGCCCGCCGCCUCCUCACCCCCCGACAGCCCGGCCGAGGGGCGGCUGGUAAAGGCGCAAUACAUCCCGGGCGCUCAGGCCGCCACCCGAGGUCUCCCCGGUCGCGCGGCUCGCCGCAAAGCGCCCCCACUGACCCGCGGCCGCAGUGUGGAGCAAUCCCCGCCCCGGGAGCGUCCUCGUGCCGCCGGGCGCCGCGGACGCAUGACUGAAGCCUCGGGUCGCCGGGGCUCGCCCAGGGCGCGCAAGACUGCGCGCUCUCAGUCCGAGACCAGCCUGCUGGGUCGCGCCGCCGCGGUCCCUCCCGGCCCUCCCAAGUACCCCACGGCUGAACGCGAAGAGCCGCGGCCGCCUCGGCCCCGCCGCGGCCCCGCGCCAACGCUGGCUGCCCAGGCCGCUGGGGCCUGUCGCCGCUGGCGCUCCACGGCCGAAAUCGAUGCUGCCGAAGGUCGCCGCGGACGUCCCCGAGCUCCCACGACCCGCGGCCCAGGGCCCGGCCCAUCCCCGUCGGCUCCUCAACGCCGUCUGCUGUAUGGUUGCGCGGGCAGCGACUCCGAAUGCUCGGCUGGGCGUCUGGGGCCCCUUGGACGUCGGGGACCCGGUGGUGGGGGCUACGGGGAAAGUGAAUCUAGCGCCAGCGAGGGCGAGUCACCUGCCUUCAGCUCCGCUUCCAGCGACUCUGACGGCAGCGGUGGCCUCGUAUGGCCACAGCAGCUCGUGGCUGCCACCGCGGCCUCCGCGCCAGGGGGUAGUGCAGGUGGAGGGGCGCCUGCAGGCCCUGCCAAGGUCUUUGUAAAGAUCAAGGCUUCUCACGCGCUCAAGAAAAAGAUCCUGCGUUUUCGUUCGGGAUCUCUCAAGGUCAUGACUACAGUGUGA